AUGAUGACAAAGAAGUCUUGGUCGUUGAAUACACCUGCAUGCUCCUUUGAGCACUCCUUCUUGGUUCUUCUGGAAAAUAAUUCCUUCCAUGAUGUCACUCUGGUUGGCAAUGAUGGGAUCAAGGUGACGGCCAAUCGGUGUUCUCUUUCCGUCCGGUGUGACUAUUUCCAAAAGAUGUUCAUGGGAAAGUUCCAAGAGUCUUCUUCCAACAACAGUAACAGUAACAACAUCAGUCAAGAAAUCCACAUCAGCAACUUUUCUGGCAGUGUGAUCAAAUCCAUUGUCCAAUAUCUUCAUACCAGCAAGAUGGAGCUGUUGGAGACUCUUCCCAGCAGAAACAGCAAAAAGUUGACUCCAGAGACUCGACUCGAGUGUGUAGAGACGUUGGUAUCGUUGGCCAGCGCCGCCGCCUAUUUCCAGCUCCCCAGCCUCCUGGUUCUACUCACAAAGAAAAUACAGUCGUGUAUUAAGGAUUCUCCCAUUCUGGCAUUGCCCCUCUUGCAUGCGACUCCGCUUCCCUUGGAGUUGGAACAGUUGGCAUUGUCCGUCAUUCGAUCCAAUGCCAUUUAUUGCUUGACAGCACCGGCCGUUACAGACUUGCCAGCAUUUGCCGUGACACAAAUCCUCACCGAAAUAAAGGCAAAAAAUCGAAUGGACUCUUCUAUCAUCAGCAUCAGCCACCUCCAAGUCUUUGACUUCAUUUCCCUUUGGGCCAGUAGUAGUGAGGAUCACAGCAGCAAUACUGCGCUCCAAGAAACAGCCAAGCAGUUAGUAUCAGAUCAUGUGGACCUCACACAGAUCGGUCCAGAUGUGCUAUGCAACAAAGUGGAAGUGUCAGGACUGGCAGACCGGGAUCAGCUCUACGACGCCUACAAGGCACAUGCGUUGGCAUCCAAUCAUGAAACCAACAACACAAAUAAUACAUCCCUCCAAUGGAAAAAGUCCCAAUCCGAAGAGGUUCAUCAAGAAAGAGCAUCGGGAUGGACGACAGAUGUUGUAGACUGUCCUCCCAUGACUGCGGGAACGUAUCAAUGGUCGCUCACGUUGGAACAAGCCGAAGCGGUCAUGGUCGGUGUGGUGUCAUCCGACGCUCCCAUCCGUUACGAUAGUGACUUUUCGGUGCAAAAGGGUACAUGGGCGUCCUACGAUUUCAACAUGUCCGGAUCCAACAUUCAAUUGCUGUACGCCAAUGGCGUGCGAAAGCAACAAAAGCAGCAACAACUGCCCACCAUUUCGGGAAAUUCGACCGUCCAGGUGACGCUCAACUUGGAUCCUACCGACGCGGACAAUGGCAGUCUAUCCUUUUCGGUGGAUGGACGUCGACCAGUGGUUAUUUUGAGGCAAUUGAGAGAGCAUCUCAACAACAACGAGGGAGGCUUUCUACCGGGUGUGUCAAUAUCGGGACGGGGCGGCAGAGUCAGGAUUCACGACUUGCAGCAAUUGUAG